CCGAAGGGUGAGAGGUCGGCAAGAUGGCGGCCGCCUCCUCAGGGGAUGAGGUGCCGGACAACGAGGACUAUUACUCGCUGCUGAACGUGCGGCGGGAGGCCUCUCAGGAAGAGCUGAAAGCCGCCUAUCGCAGGCUGUGCAUGUUGUACCAUCCAGACAAGCACAGAGACCCGGAGCUUAAAAGGCAGGCCGAGCAGCUCUUUAACCUUCUUCAUCAGGCUUAUGAAGUGCUUAGUGACCCACAGACAAGAGCCAUCUAUGACAUAUAUGGGAAGAGAGGCCUCGAAAUGGAAGGAUGGGAGGUGGUGGAGAGGAGGAGGACGCCCGCCGAAAUCCGGGAGGAAUUUGAACGUUUGCAGAGAGAGAGGGAGGAGAGGAGGCUUCAGCAGCGGACUAACCCCAAGGGGACAAUUAGCGUCGGAAUAGACGCCACCGACCUCUUUGACCGCUACGACGAGGAAUAUGAAGAGGCGCCCGGGAGCAGUUUCCCCCAGAUCGAAAUUAACAAGAUGCACAUAUCCCAGUCCAUUGAAGCCCCGCUUACGGCCACGGACACAGCGAUCCUGUCGGGAAACCUCUCCACGCAGAAUGGGAACGGAGGUGGCUCUGUUAACUUGGCGCUUCGGCGGGUGACAUCUGCCAAAGGUUGGGGAGAGCUGGAGUUCGGAGCCGGAGACCUGCAGGGCCCUUUGUUCGGUCUGAAAGUGUUUCGGAAUCUCACGCAAAGAUGCUUCAUCACGACAAACUUUGCGCUGCAGUUCUCCUCCCACGGGAUGCGGCCGGGCUUUACCACGGUCCUGGCGCGACACCUGGACAAGAACACUAUGGGGUACCUGCAGUGGCGCUGGGGCAUUCAGUCAGCAAUGAAUACAAGCGUUGUCCGGGACACAAAAACCAGCCACUUCACAAUGGCAUUUCAGCUGGGUAUCCCUCACUCCUUCAUGAUGGUCAGCUACCAGCAUAAGUUUCAGGAUGAGGAGCAGACACGGGUGAAAGGAUCUCUCAAGGCUGGCUUCUUUGGGACCAUUGUGGAAUAUGGAGCAGAGCGGAAGAUCUCCAGGCACAGCAUCCUCGGAGCCACCGUAAGCAUCGGCGUCCCCCAGGGGGUGUCUUUGAAAAUCAAGCUGAACAGAGCCAGCCAGACCUACUUCUUCCCCAUUCACCUGACGGACCAGCUGCUACCCAGUGCGGUCUUCUACGCCACCGCGGGACCCCUUGUCUUCUAUUUUGCAAUGCACAGACUCGUCAUCAAGCCCUAUCUCAGGGCCCAGAAGGAGAAGGAUUUGGAGAAGCAACAGGAGAACACUGCCAGUGAUAUUCAGCAGAAGAAGCAAGAAGCAGAAGCCGCUGUGCGGUUGAUGCAGGAAUCUGUCAGGAGGAUAAUCGAGACUGAAGAAGCGAAAAUGGGCCUGAUCGUAGUGAAUGCUUGGUAUGGGAAGUUUGUCAACGACCAGAGCAGAAGGAACGAGAAGGUGAAGGUCAUAGAUGUGACAGUGCCCUUGCAGUGCCUGGUGAAGGACUCCAAGCUCAUCCUCACAGAAGCAUCCAAGGCUGGUCUGCCCGGGUUCUAUGACCCUUGCGUCGGGGAGGAGAAGAGCCUGAAAGUGCUCUACCAGUUCCGGGGAGUUCUGCACCAAGUGAUGUCUGCCGACAACGAAGCCCUUAGGAUACCAAAGCAAUCUCACCGGAUAGAUGCGGAUGGCUAAUUUGGCAGCGAAGCAGGAAAGAUGCCAGGUUCUAUGCCAGGGGUCAGUAGAAACUGUGCCGUCUUUCCUUCCUGGAUUCACGAUGUCUUCAGGGCCCCUGGAGACGCUUCUAAUUUUAUGAUCUUUUCAGAAAGGCUGGUUUUUACACCAAUGACGUUACGGGACAAAUGAAACGAAGCG